AUUUAGUUACGCGAGAACAGACAGAAGCUCAUAAGAUCAGUGCUUGUGGUGUGGAUUAACUAUCAUAAGAUCAGUGAAAGUGUGGAUUAACUAUCAAUAUGAUUUCCUCGGGGACACGAGAUGUAAGGCAAAGCCGAAAAGCAUUGCGUCUCAGCUCCUGUUGUAUGUUUGCAUCCCUUUCCACUGGCUGUGCAAUCAUCAGCAUCAUUAGCAUGUGCGAGUCCCUCAUGUACAUCUUUGGUUUGUCAAGAGUGAUUUACCACUGCACAAAUGUGAGCAACAUUGAAGAGAAUGAGACAAAAUCUUCAGAGUCAGAUGAUGAUGAUGAGGAUUCCUGUCCCAUCAGUCAUGUCAUUGACAUGAAUCAGUUUCUGGCAGUGGCAUCCUUCAUGUUGUUUGUCAUGAUCAUCUUCUUCUUGGUCUCUCUGCUUAUGUAUUUUGGAGUGAGAAAUAGAAAGUACAAGCUGUUGUACCCAUGGCUCUGGUGGAACAUUGGAGAGAUGAUUGUCACCUUCUACUCCAUCUCUCCCCGCCUCGGCCAGACUUUUUCCCCCUGGAGGGGAGUUAUGAUCCUCCUUAUUGAAGUCUACUUCUGUGUUAUUGUUUAUUCACACAUUGAGGAGCUGAAAGAACCACCGGCAUCCGAUGACAUAGUUGACGUUGUUUCAUACGUGACUAUGCGCAACGGUGGACUCUCUAACGUCCACCCACGGUCGUACGUCGUGCCUGGCUCCUCAAGACGGCCUUGUUCCUCAACACAUCAACCAACACAACACGAAAUGAUCUAUCCUGUGGACCUUGACAAUAAAAUGGACGGUGACACUAGGCGACUCUAUGGAGACCAACCUCCCCCAUACUCUCCUCCGCUGCCCUCAAAUGGUGUUGACGGUGCUGGGACAAACGCGACAUCAGCCAGCUCACACCUGGAGAUUCCGUCAACCCCUCCUCCAUCUUACUAUGAAGUCGCCGGUUCUUCAAACCUUACCCCCGCUGCAUCUACCCAGCAGCAGUCACAAGCUCGUCCAUUCAUUUCUAUGCAGUUCGAUCCUGCUGGGCAGGCCUCAGCUCUCGGCGAUGGUGCUGUCAACGUUAAUUUGCCUCCGCGACAGACGUGAAUGUUUCAAAAUGUGACAUUCCAAUGUACAUGAUUCUUGUUCACCCCGAUAUGGCGGGAUUGUUCAUAUUAUUUCGUAUGUUUUACUUCUGCUUUUUUUAGGCUUCACAAAUUCAUAUGAUGUAGAAAGUAAGAUCCAGUAAAGCUUCCUGAUUGUCAAUUUCGGUGCACGUGACAUCACUGCUGAUGAGUCUAUUAGUAAUUAAUGUACAUUUAAUAAGUAGACUUCGUAUUCCAAUCUGAAAGUUUUAUCGUUUGACAACGGUUGCAUUUUCAUCAUUCCGCUAUUGGUUGCACUAGUAUGUUCAAUAUAUUUAUUAAUUUUCUGUGCAUUCAGAUACCAAGAUAUUAUUUAGCCAAUAUGAUUCAAAUAAUAUUCCUUUUAACUUCAUGUGAAUCUUUACCAUUAAUUCAUAAAGGAGACUUGGGCAGUAAUAGUUUCUUAUUUUAUAUACGAGUAUUUUUAAUGCUUCCAGAAAAUGUACAAUUUGGCUGUUUAAUCGUUAUUUACGGAAACGCCAAUUGAUAAUUUAUACCCGUUCACGUUACACAGCCGAAGUGUGCCGACGUUUCAUAAUCUAUAACGAAAUUUGCAGCAAAAUAUGUUUUCUUAGAGCUCAUGUGUCGCACUUUGUGUUUCGGGAUGUUCUCUUAAUUUUGUUUGCAUGAAAGAAUCGCAGGGCAUGCCGUCAUCUCGCGGAUGUGAUCUUUUAAGUAACUAUUUUGUAAUGCGUUUGUAUUAGUGAAGAAUUGUAUUGCUGGUUAUAAAGUAACCAGCAGAGUAUCUGUGCAAAAAUUAUUUAUCUACAGCAGUGAAAAGACGUAGAUGUAGUAUAUGUGACAAUAAAGCAAGCAAUUACUUGUCUCGACUUGUGAGCGACAUGAGAUGAAGAAAAUAACAUCUUCUUGUCAAAACACUUUGCUUUGAUUUUUGGAAUGAUGUGGUGGCCGCGAUGUAAGGUAAUAGAAUAAUUUCUAAUGGCGAGUAGGACAUUUACUCCUGUCAAUACAAUUAGCGAUGAAGCUCGCUUUCUGCUGAUGCGAAGUUCAGUCGGGUGUGUUAGUCUAUAUGCACUGCAAUUUUCUUAGCCAUUCUUAAGUUUCAGUUUGUCAUAUACGUGGAUGCUUAGUACUCUUUUGCUAUGAGCCUCGUCUUGUUGCAUUCAACUCUAAUAUGCAUAAGAAUUGUAGCCCAGAACUUCUUUAUGCAAUCACUCAUCUAAUGCGCCUGCUAUGAAUUUUCUAUUUGUCGAUUCACUCGUCGGUCAUUCAUUACCAUCUUACUCGGUAGCUUUUAAGUAAAAUGUUCCUUGCUGUUACAUUUUUGGCAUAUUAAUAUUAAAGAUAAUAUUAUUAAUAUUUCCAUGGUGCAUGUUGAUAUUUUUUAUCUUCCAUGAUGUGUAUACUCUGUAUUUGAAUCGCUUUAAGAGAUAUAUAGAUACUAUUGUUCUGAUAUUACGUGGAGAUUAAUACAUAGAAAAUAUGCAAUCACACUGGAUACGCUUGGCGAUCACCUCAUGCUGUGUAUUGUGUAAUCAUGCUAAUCAUAGCAUUGAAGACAUGACAUGAGUCGUUGAGGAUAACCAAUUGCCUCCUAGAUUAUUAUUCACUCUAGAUUUCUAUCUCCACGCAUAAAUGUUUAAGUGAUCUUCAGCAUAAUCAAUAUCUUAGAUUUAUAUGAUUUCUUGUGUCCUCGUUGGGACGAUCGUUCAAAAUAUUUGAAUAGUGGUUCGUUGGUGUUUUUUUGUAUCAUUGUCUGCACAACUAAAGAAUUCGGACGUGGUUUGAAUUGAUUUUUUGUCGGAUCUUCCUGUGUAAUUGGAUCACACAAACCCGUUAAAAGUUAUGGUCUUUCUUUAACUGUGCAUGCACAAUUCAAAAGUUUUAUUUCAAUGCUCAAUAUCCGUCGUUUUGUUGUCCUUAUUUUUAUUUCUGUAUACCUGCUUGCUUGCAUGAGUCGUCCUUGCCUAAAACCUUUUCUUAGUGGUUUAACUUUCUAGUGGAACUCAAGAUCUUUAAUUAUCUUACGGAACCUGGGAUAGAUGCUCUUCAGAUAAAAUGUAUCCGGAUUGAUUAGCGUUCGGAGAGUUUCCAUGACUUGCUGCUCAGGAUCACUGAACCAAUAGGUAUUCUUUCGCUUCCUACAAAUCAAUGCUGUAAGUAAAACGGUAAAACAAAACAUGGGUAAAUAUAUUUUAGAAAAAUGCUGCGCUAUUGUGUUACCUGAUAAUUUUUUGUGUGCAAAUUUAUUAUGUAGUUUACUUCGCGCCUCUCCUUCAGGCGUGAAGUUUUUCUGAAGCUUCUUGGAUUCCGAAAUCCGUCGUGCAUUACCGGAGUGAAGCAACAUUGUUCCACAAGGAUAUAGUCAAUCGCGUUUCAUUGUUAUCCUGCUUGUCAACAGAAGACUGGCUUGGGUGUUUAAGGACGACAUUUUUACUUGGAUGAAUCUUCAUUAUUAUUAUCAUUCUUAAAUUUGCUCAUUAAUGUAAGAGCGUAGCUUGUUUAAUCUUUCAUAGAUAUUGAUGGUUCCUGGAGAGCAACAUUUUCACUGAUGUUUUCUUUGUUUGGUUUUCUUUUGGCUUUCUUUUCAUGAUGGUUUGAUUUUCCUCUGGCGCUAUUUGUCACUUUUCGUUGAGUUACCGGGAUAAUUUUUCACGUGCACUGCACACAUGGCCCAUUGCAUGCAUGUUUAUUGCUUGUUAUAUGCUUUUCUUCGGCCAAAUCUGCUUCUUCCAAUAAUGGAUUUAUAUAUUAAAUGUUCCUCAGCGCAAUGACA